AUGUCCAUGCUGAGACGGGGGUGUUUCUUUACCAAAACACCGUCAUCUUUACCACCUAUACAAUUAAAAUUGGGGAAAGGAUACAAGUCCAAAAAAAGCUUUAUUUGUUGUUUUGUCAACUGCGAAGCCACUUUCAAUAAAUCAUGGAAAUUAGAUGCCCAUCUUUGUAAGCACUCAGGUUUGAAACCCUUCUCAUGCGAGAACCGUGACAAGAGGUUCUGCAUCCGCUACCAGCUCACCAGACACCGGCUGAGCCACAGUGGAGAGAAGCCAGCUCACCAGACACAGGCUGAGCCACAGUGUCUGGCUGCAGGAUGCUCCGAGGCCUUCGCCACACAUGUCAGCAUGAAGACCCACAUGGCUCACAUUCACCAGCACCAGGAGAAUGUGGGCUAUGGGAAGGACUUCAAGAAGAAUAACCAACUCAAGACACACCAGACGGAACACGGCUGUAAGAGAGAAUGUGCUGGUCCUGGACAAUUGAAGCACCAUGAGAAAGUGCACCAAGGUUACCCUUGUGCUGUGGAGGGCUGUCUCCAAGGGGAGAUUUGGUCAGCGUAUCAGAAGCAAAGGAAGGCUGUACACAGAGUCAAGCUGCAGUGUGACGGCUGCAGUAGGAUGUUCCUGGAGGCAUGGUUCUUGCACCAGCUCUGGGUCCACUCCGGUGCUCCCAAGAGGGAGUUCCAGUGCUCCAAAACUGGAUGUGGGAAGACCUUCACCACACACUUCAAUCUGGAGAACCACGUAAUGUCAGACCACAAGGGCAAGAAGGCCUUCUCCUGUACCCAUGUAGGUUGUGGCAAGAGCUUCGCUAUGCAGGUGAGCACACUGUAAAUGACCAGAGUUACAAUAUGGUAUCCUAUCCAAUUCUAAAAUAGAUUUGCAGAACUAUCUGGCUCUGCUUUAGUGGCAUAUUUGAUGGAGAAAUGUUUUCUCCUCAUUAGGCGCGUUUGAGACGACACGAAGUGGGUAAGUCAUCCCAUCAGUCUGAGUCGGGGACUGUGUCCCCACAGGCUGAGACCAGCAGACUGGCUGCCCAACUCCGUAACACCAGCUUGGGUCCUACACCCUGUAACACCCCUGCCCUGACAUGGACUGGUCCAUCAGAACCAUGGGGGUGUUCUGAAACCUGUGGAAGAGGAACCUAUACUUUGCGCUGUGUGAAGUAUUUUUGUUCAAUUUGUUUUCAGGAGCCGACUCUUUCAGUUAUGUAUCAAACACUUAUCAAAUAUAUCCUCACUACUGCACCCGCUGGAUUUUUGUCUGAUGUUAAUGAUUGUGUAAUGCAACAUGUUUAGCAAUGAGGUUCGAUUGAUGGGCAUUUGCUAAGUGCCUCCAAUAAUGGCACAUUCAUAUCGGGUUCUGAAGUCUGCUCCUUUCAUCCUGGGGAGGGGUGAGCUUGGUGAACAAGGACUGGCAUUUAAAAUAGCCAAAAGUCUGUGCUCUAAAUAAAUCAAAUAAAUCAACUCCCAUCCUCUUCUCAGUGCUCACACCAACGGAACUGACUGAACACACACAGCAGGUAGCCUAGUGGUUAAGAGUGUUGGGCCAGUAACCGGU